AUGAUCGUGUUAUGGAUUACACUGCUUUGUCUUCAUCCAGUAUAUACGCUGCUUCCAGUGAAAACAGUUCAUCUUGGUGAACCAGCCACAUUUACAUGUGUUAUACCAAACAUAGAAAUCAGUGACAGAGAAAUCCACUGGUACAAGCAGAGUGUUGGAGAUUCUCUCAAUAUAAUUGUAACAUUGUUUAAAUCUGGAACAGAGUACUCACCAAACGUUUCAAAAUCAAGAUUUGACUUACGUACUGAUAACAGUUUUAGUAACCUGACCAUUUUGAGCACAGUUGAAGAGGAUGAAGGAAUGUACCACUGUGGAGUCACAGAGUGGAUAAAGACUAAAUGGAGUGGGACAUAUUUGUUAGUAGAAGGAAACACUGAGAGGACUGUUGUUCAGACAAUAUCAGAUCCAGUCCGUCCAGGAGACUUAGUGACUCUCCAGUGUUCAGUCCUCUCUGACUCUGAGAACAAGACGUGUCCAGGAGAUCUCAGUGUGUUCUGGUUCAGAGCUGGAUCACAGACAUCUCAUCCAAACAUCAUCUACAUGGAUGGAGAUAUGAAUAACAAAUGUGAGAAUAGAUCUGAGACUCAGAAGAGAUGUGUCUACAGCUUCUCUAAGGACGUCAGCUCCUCUGAUGCUGGGACUUACUACUGUGCUGUGGCCACAUGUGGAGAGAUAUUAUUUGGAAAUGGAACUAAACUGGAAGCUGAUCAAACAGCAAGUUCUGUGUUAGUUAUUGUGUUGGUGGUAGCAAUCAUCUGCUUGGCCAUUUCUAUGAUUAUAAAUCUAAUUUUCAUCUGUUGUCAAACUCAGAAAGGACUAUGUGGACAACAUGAAGCGACAAAAAGCAGCUCUUCACCAGCCAGACGAGACGAUAUGAGCCAACCAGUUAAAGAUAAAGCUGAAGGUGAUCUCAACUAUGCUGCGCUGCAUUUCUCUGCCAGAGGAAGAAAGAAGAAAGAGUUGAAUCCAGAAGAAUGUGUGUAUUCUCAUGUUAAAUACUGAAUGUAAACGUGAGUCAAAAACUGUUUCUGGUCCUCACCCACAUUCUCUCCAUGUGCCGUAUUUUACCGUAUGUUGGUUCUUACCUAAUGCUAGAACCUUAUGCUAGAAACAUUAA